AUGACCGAGACCUUCAAACAAGCCACUCGCAUCAGUGGAAUCACGGCUCCAAUCACAAUAGUAGGAGAAGAAGAUGAACAAUCCUUUACGGGUGGGACUGCUGUCAAAGUUUCAUCAUCAGUUAGUGUGGAUGGUGAUAAUGAUGAUGACAAUGGUGACCUGAUAAGAAACCACAGAAGCGAUGCCAGCAGUAAUUCCAGCAGCAGCAGCAGCAGCAGCAGUGGUGUUGACAGUCAAUUAGAUAGUGAUGACGAGGAAUCGUACAAUUCGGAAUCGACACGAUCCUGUACAUUUUCCAUCUAUUGUUUAAUGCAUGAAGACGGAGCCUUUGAGGAUGGUUCUACCGGGGACGAUGAUUGCUCUUCUAUAUCGACUGUGUCCAAUUUUGUGCGAGAAAAGGAAGACGAAGAGGCUUAUUACAACAACUUGGACGAUUCCUUUACCUACGCUAGCUGCAGUGAUAGUGAUGCUGAUGAUGAGGACAGUGAGAAUGACUGUGACGUUGUGGAAGUUUUGAAAUCCCAAACAGAGAAAUCAAAAGCUGCAGCUAAAGAUGGCGAACGAGCAGUCUUUGACGAUGAAAAUGUUAGCAAGGAUAACAGCGAUUUCACUUCCGACGACGACGAUAAUGAUGAUGAUGAUGAUGAUGAUGAUGACGACUACUAUGAUGAAUCCUAUGAUGAGGAUUUGGACGAGGAUGAGGACAAGGAGGGCGAUCAAGAAUUAUACGAUGAUGAAUACGGAGAUGAAUAUGGGAAUGAUCAGGAGGAAGUAGUAGAGGAAUUACUGGAAGAAUCAGAUCGAUCACAAUUGUCGCAUUCCUCUUCUGGGCCCGCCUCGGACAUUGUUUUUGAAAAGAACAAGAGAAUAUUUUCCAAUGCCAAUAGCCGGCAAUCGCACAGCAACCAAAUGGCUUUGUUUCUGAAAAAUAUUGCCGAAACAAAAGCAGCCGUGGGAAUUGUUGAUGAUGAAGAACCCGAAAUUGAAGUGAUUGAAGAAGAAGUUGUCGACGAAGAAGAAGACGAAACAGAAGUGGAAUAUGUAGACGAAACUGAAGUGGACGAGGACGACGAAGAAGACUUUGUGUAUGAGGUUCUCCUGUCACCAAAAGCAAAGAAUAAGGAAACCAGGCGCAAUCGACUUUCCUUCCUUUCUGUCUAG